UUCGUCUUCUUCCCUUCCAACUGUUCACCUCUUUUCCUUCAUUCUUCUUCUUUUUCUUCCUCUUCCGUUAGCCUGCUAGACUUUAAGAUUCUUUCCGCUGAGGCGCCUCUCUCUUUGGAUCUGAUUCAAAUUACUUUCAUCUUCACCAGAGCACGUGUGAGAACUCAUAUAAUGGUGGAAUUGGCAAAAGGUGAAAUGGAAAAUAUAAUUACGAACACUGGAUUUAGAAAAUUUGUUCCAUGUGUUUUGGUACCUUUCCUCUCCAACUAAUAUAGGAAGUCUAUUGGUUAGACACCAUACAGCAAGAAUCUAUUGGAUAAUUGUAUAGCACAUACAAGAGAAACAGCAUGCCUUGGUCAAGUUUAUUAGUGAAUGUAUUCCGCAAAGUCGCCCGCUUAAAUUUGUAUUGCAGGGUUAUUCUGUGAAUUAUAUCUUCACUGAGUGGGCCUUUGAUUUCCGUUUCUGUUUUAGCUUCUUGUUUUAACUGGCUGCCCAUGGGAUCGGAUCACUUUUUCAUCUUUUUCUGUCACCAUUAUCGGAUUAGCUAAAAGAACACUAACUACUUGAGAGUUCUCAGUUCUUGUUGUCAGCUUUCAUCGUUGUUUCUAUCUUUUAUCUUCCUCAAUUCAAGUUGCAUCUAAGGUUCAUUUUUGUAUCUAGAUUGGUCCCUUGCAAGUUUUAGGAUAUUUGUUUUCUGUUGAAUCCUCUAUUUGGAUAGAUCCACUGGUUUGCUCAAGGGCUAGAAGAAGUUAUGGUGUGCCAAGCAGCCAGUCAGACGAGGUUUCGGGCGUUAAUGUAUGAGAAUGGGAUUGCUGGAAGACCAACGAUUGUAGUUAGAGUGAUUGCAUGCUUUCAACCAAUGCAGGGUUGUCAGGCUGAGUACUUCCGUCAUUUGCUUAAACCCGUCACGUAGAUUAGUCCCGAGUUUCCGUUGGAAGUAUCAAGCUGGACAUUGUAGUUUUCUCUGUUUUCCUUUUUUCUCUUUGUUAUUGAAAGACUCUACAAGUAAUUAAACAUUGCCGAACAAGCUCUGUCCCUUUCCUGGUUGGAUGGUUAAGGACAACAAUUCUUGGCUUUCUCUACAGAAUUUCCAUUGGCAAUUUCGUAAAGCAAAUUGCAUGAGCACACUUCCUGAGUUCAGGCAAACAGAAUGCUUGCCUGGAGCUAUAAAUCCUGGCAUAUUCCCCGUAAAUAUGACAUUACCAAAGCCUGCAGGUCCUUGUAUUCCCAAUUUGAAGUUAGAGGAAGAACAUGAAGCUCAUAAGUUGCUUCAAUAUAUGCAGCCUCACUUCCAGACUAAGUUACCUGGUAAGGACCUGUAUCCCAAAGAAUUGGACCCCAUUUUUCGUUAUGGGAUCCAGGAAAAGGCUGCUGCAGCUCAUGUGACAUCUGGUUCUUCCCAGAAUCGACUUGUGAUCUUUGAUCAGUCGGGGAAUCAAACACGGCUACUGUGUAGUUUUCUAUGUCCUGCACGCUGUCCAAAUGCUGCUGUCACAGAACUUAUGUGCGGUCCUAUUUUGCAUGAAGGCGAAACAAUCAAAGUAGAUCAAUUCACCCCCAAGGAGGCCAUUUUUCAUGAAGAAUCUGACGAGAAUGAUUUAUAUGGUGAAGAUAGUGAAAUGCAUGAGGACACAGAAGAAAUCAAUGCGUUACUUUAUUCGGAUGACGAUGAAGAUUGUGGUAAAGAAUAUGGUAAUGAUAAUGAUGAUGAUGAAGUCAUGAGCACUGGUCACUCUCCAGUCACAAUCAAAGGAGCUUACAAUGAGCAAGAACAGCUUGAGGAAAUAACGGAGGAGGUCGCUAGCUCUGAUGGUCCUCACAAAAGGCAAAAACUGCUGGAUGGUGGGUACGGAGAAUUAUUACUUGUGGGCACUGCAAAUUCAGUAAAAUCAAAAGAAUCCCACGAGGAUGAUGAUGACGUGGAACCAAGCUAUGACAUUGGCCAAGCCCAAACAGAAGAAGUGGGUUCCAUUCCAGGUAACAAGCGAUUAAGAAAUGAUAAGAUUCGCAGUACAUUGAGAAUUCUGGAGAGCAUAAUUCCUAGGGCUAAAGGAAAAGACCCACUGGUUGUUCUUGAUGAAGCUAUUGAUUACCUGAAGUUGUUAAAGCACAAAGGCAGUGCUUUAGGAGUGAACUGGUACUGAAUUAUGGUACUCCUUCCCCUUCUUCCUUCCAACAGUAGAAUGUUGGGGUAAAGGGUGGAAAAGAGGGAGGGGGAAAGAAAUGAGAGUGGUAAUUAACCCUGAAGAAAUCUUGGGUUGAAUGAUUGAUGAAAUUGAGCUGUGGUCUGAUGUGGGGUAGCCUUUAAUCAUCCCCUUUAAUUAUCUUCCAUGAGGGAUGUGUAUAUAAUGGAUGAAUAAAGGGAGUAAAGUAGUGAAGGGGAUGAUAACAGACUUAGUCUUUGAUGGUUGUGUGUUGACCAUAAAUGAUUAUCCAUAAGUCUUUUCUUUUUUUUGAUUUAUUAAAGAAAGAUUUGAGUAGUAAGUGGGUGUGAGUGGUGGUGUGUGCUGUAAAAAAAAGAGGACCCUCUGGGCACUGUUUGUGUUGAAAACUCUUUGUUAUAAAUGCAUGCGCGUUAGGUAGAUGGGGUCCCA